AUGGCCAAUGCACGUUGGAUCCGCCGUGUGCUGGCCAGUGUGUGGUGCCUGGCAUCGCUGCCCGCGGUCACACAAACGGCUCAGGGCUCCUUCAUCCCGUUCUUCCAGACCCAGGUCGACGGCAAUGCUCCCGGCCGCAUCACCAAGCCAGAUCUCGACGGUGUCCUGACCCAGAUGCUCGAUGCAGUAGAUGUCAUGCAGCGCGAGUACUAUGCCCCCUGGGUCGGCACAUGGCCCGGCUCGAUCGACUGGACCGGUGCCGUCAUGGGCACACACCUCUCUGCCGCACUGCGCACCUUGACCGAGGCACUGGCAAGAGCCGACAAAACCGCCGGCGGUCUCCAUAACAAGGGGAAGGGCAGCUUCGUGGACUGGAAGCUCAGGGCGAAUCUCGUGGACAACUACUUCACGCAGGUCACGAGCUACUACUUUGGCGAAAACGCCGUGAGCAUUCGCGGGCAGGCGUACGACGACAUCUUGUGGGUGGUGCUCGGCUGGCUCGAGGCCGUGCGGUUCGUCGACACGCACACCAAGCUGCACUUUUCGCCAGCGUCGACGGCCACCCAGACGACCGGGCCUGGGCAGCAUCUCGUCGGGGCUAGCGGUGGGCUCGCGGAGAUUCUCGCGAAUCAGACCUUCUUUGGCAACGUCUGGAUCCCGCCCUUUGCGCACCGGGCCCGCGUGUUCUGGGAGCUCUCGACGCACGGCUGGGAUGACGAGUACUGUGCCGGCGGGAUGACGUGGAACCCGCGCCUGCUGCCGUACAAGAACGCCAUCACCAACGAGCUGUUCAUUGCGGCGUCGGCGUCCAUGUACCUGUACUUUCCUGGAGACGACAACGGGUCUCCGUUCCUCAACGGAGGAGGUGUCGGCAAAGCCCACGGGCGUCGUCAUCGUGGCUACGACGGCAGCGACGACGACGACGAUGAAGAUAUGCCAAUGUGGCCUCCGCGUGACCCGCGGCACCUCAAGGCCGCAGUCGACGGAUACCGCUGGCUCGCGGCGUCCGACUUCACCGACAAGCAGGGCCUCAUUAUCGACGGCUUCCACAUCAGCGGAUACUCAGACCCCAAGAACAACAACACCGCCUGCGACGAGCGCAACCUGCAGAUCUUCACGUACAACCAGGGCGUCGUGCUCACCGGUGCUCGCGGCCUGUGGGCGGCUACCGGGUCGCGAGCGUACCUGGAGGACGGACACAAGCUGAUCAGGAACGUCGUGAAAGCCACAGGCUGGGACUUGGACAAGGAUCGGCCUAUCGCUGCUGCUGCUGCUGCGACUACUACUGCCGGGAUCGGCGGCGGCGGCAGCGGCGGCGAGGACGAAAUCAGAGCCUUCCGGACCCAAGGCACUUUGCCGUCAUGGCACGGUCUCGGGCGCAUGGGCGUCAUGGAGGAGCUGUGCGACGCAAGUGCCACAUGCAAUCAGGACGCGCUCACGUUCAAAGGCAUCUUCUUCCACCAUCUCGCCACGUUCUGCGAGCCACUCUUCUCUGAUUCUGAUGCUGCUUCUGCUUCUUCUGCCUCUACUACUACUACGGAGCACAGGGGGAGACAACCACACCACGACGAACAAGAUUUCGCCAAGACGCAGGCCAUGCACGCGUCGGCAUGUCUGUCGUACAAGUCCUGGCUCGCGAAUAACGUCCGAGCCGCGCUAGGGACGAGGGACGACAGAGGACGGUUCGGGAUGUGGUGGACUGCCGGGCUCCUGGCGCCUCUUUCUGCUUCUGCUACUUCUUCUACUUCUUCUUCCUCUUCUUCCCCGCCAUCAGAGGCAGAGGGUAUUCCUGACGGCGAAUAUGAUAUGGAGGACGCCACCGAGCAGUAUGUAGGUUCCUGGCCGACGAAGCUCAACGACGGCAUCCCCCGCAGCGGCAGUAGCGCAGGCGAACAAGACGCGGUACCACAGCCAGUGGACUACCGCAACGACGGGGUGCCGUGGGAUUCUAUCUGGCGCAGCGCGGAGGAUCUCGCUGCGCACCACCACAACCAGCGCGGCGGCACCGGCAACCACCACGAGGGGCACGACCUGGCUGAGGCAUCAAACGAAGACGAACGAGGACAACGACAAGGAAGCCGAGUGGAGGAGGAGGAGGAGGACAACACAAGGGCCGAGCUCAAGAAAAGAGGGCAUAGUCGGGGCAAUACCAGCAGCAGCAGCACCACCACCACCACCAUCAGAGACCCAAACUCGCGCGGUGCAGGCCGGACCGUCGAGACGCAGGGCGGCGGGCUGGCUGUCAUCAGGGCAUACUGGAGCAUCCUCGCGCAGGAAAAGUAG